AACAUUAUAGUUCACUAAUCUUAACCCGACAGUGGUCAGUGUUUAGUGUUGCUGCUUAGCAUUUCGUCGCAGUUAACAGUUGUUGUAUUCAAGAAGUGCUUAAUAUUUUUAAAAAUCACAAUUUUCAACUUAUAAUACUAAAGUAUUUAUUGCAUAUUUAGAGAAUUUGCUGAGUAAAUCAACUGAAAAAUGAGUUUAUUACGGUCUUCAAUUGUUUUUGCUGUAUUAUUAACUUGCAUAUGUGCCCAAAAGCCGUUUUAUGCAUCCAGCAAUAGUCAGUACCCUAGCGUCUUACCCCAAAACCUACCAAACAAUGGGGACUUGGGCAACAGGAUCGGUGAAAACUCCACCCCUGAUCCAUACAUGGGUUCGGAAAAGCAGCCGGUAUACAACGUGGAAAAAGAACUGGUUGACAGAAUAACAAACGAGUAUCCCAAAGACAAGCAACCGUUUUGGUAUGUGAACGCCGCACUGCUGAACAACAUCAGAUACCAACAGCAACCAGUGGUACAACCGCAAACACAACAAGUUGGCAGCUUCGCACGUCCGACAAGGCGUCAAAUAAGCAUUUAAAAACAACAGCAGCGUAAUCAACGUUUUUCAUCGGGAGACGUGUCUUGAGAGCGUUGUAUUAUAACUUAUGUUAUAUUAUUAGAUUACAAAUCUAAACGUCUUAGAGUGUUAGAAAUUGAUCCUAGUAGUAAUAAAAUAAUAUUGUCACAAGAGGUUAAAACUUAUCCACACAAAUUAAUAUAGAUUUUUUCGAUUAUUUCGUAAUCUAAAAGACUUACAUCUAUAUAAACAUUAUAAGCUAUAAUAAAUUGCUAGAUGCAACUAUCUAUAUAUUAUAUUAUUAUAGUUGCAUAGAUCAUUUUUGACUAACCAAAUAAGUUACUAAUGUAAUUAUAGGUAUUUAUAUUUUUAAUCGAUUUGUUGUUUAACGUUUUAAAUGUAUCAUGGAACUCAACACUGGACUAAACUUUUGUUUUGUAAAUAACAAUUUCAAUAUAAAAAUUGUUUAUCAUUAGGAAAAAAGUAAAUUUAUUAAUAUUAGAAAAAUAUUGCCCCUUAGAUUAGUUACAUAUUUUACAAUAAGCAAGUAAAACUAAAUUCAAAAAAUGUUGUAUCAACAUCAGUAUAAAAGUAUUUUUAUAAUGGCUAUUAUUUAAUAAUUUAUUUUAAUUGUGUACUAAAUUAUAUUGUAUUUAAUUUUUAUAUCAAAUAAUAAAUUGUUUUAUGUUA